AUGAGCAAUUUAGUUGUUAGAUUCGUUGCCAAUAGUUUGUUGAAGGCAGUUGGCUUCAAGAGACUGGCAAACUAUGCUGCCCUAUCAAUUGGUCCAAAGAUUAUUGAUCAUAUAGUGGCAGCUUCAACAAAGGGUGUAAUACCAAUGCGAGCUAUUAGAGUACUACGUACAUCAUUAUCAUAUGCACCAAUAGCUGUUAUAAUGGGUACAAGUGGUACAUCAUUGGUUAGUGCAGUCACAUAUUAUAUUAUCAUUCAAAUAUCAGAGUCACUAUGUAUGUUGGUAGUUAGAGAGGCAGUUGGACAAUCAUUCAGAUGUGUAAAGUAUAUUGUACGCACAACUGUCAAUGUACUCACUGGCAAUGGUGGCAGUGGAACAAAGACAUUGGAGGAUGAUUGGAUCGUACUGGAUAGAUUGGAUCAGGUCAGCAACAGCAAGCUAAAAGAGUCUGGUGAGAAUGUCACCUCGGAGCAGAUGGAGCAGGUCGAGCAGUAUCUCAACUCUAUAGAUAUAGAUCAUGAGGUGCAACAACAGCAAGAGGACGAGAAGAAGUUGACAAAGGAGCAGCAGGAUCAACUAUUCAACGAAUAUAUCAAGAGAGAGAUGGACGAGUUUGUUAUGUUGUAG